GAUUACAGCUGCAAACAACCGAUGCAGUCAUUUCAUUUCUAUGAUCUAAGCACUGUUCAAUCUAAACUAUAUUGGAUAAGGUCUGCAAGCGUCUUUGUUGAUGAAAAUUUCACGAACGAGAAUUUCUUCAUGUUUUUUUGUUCCAGAUAUCGCUCCAUCAGUCUUUUGAUUUAGCAUCACGCAGAAAUAUCGAAUGAUGUUAUUUCCAGCCCAUUAGGAAGGCUCAAUAAGGAUACAGUUUGUAGUUGUUUAUGAAAAUGGACUAAUGAAUUGGUAGCCCUACUCGGGUCUGGGCCUGCUGCCAGCAUGUUGACUCCUUUGGUUUUCUGUUGGAUGUUCGUCGGAGCAGCGUCAUUUAACCUUUUAACCGAGGAAUCAAUUACAGCAGUGCUUGGGAGAAACGUCUCGCUUCCCUGCAGUUUCUCUGUUCCUGUACUUGCAGUUUACUGGUAUAAACAUGAGUUCAGUGGAGCUCCAGACGAUGAUGCAAUACUCAUUGCAAGUGACUAUAUGGGAUUUACAGAUCCUAUACCAGGUUUUGAGCGGUUUAGAAUUGGAGACGACUAUAGAUUGGUGAUAAACGAUGUCUUGCUUCUCGACGAGACAACCUAUUCAUGUAUUGUUGUACCUCACCACUUUGACAAUCAAAGAGGAUAUACCGACCUGAGGGUCAUAGCUUUAGCUAAUCCACAAGUACCAAUUAUAUCAUCAUGUGAGACUACUGAGCCAGGUAGAUGCUCCUUUAUUAUUGAGGAGGACGAAGAAGGAGUUACACUUGACUGCAAUAUUUAUAAUGCCCGACCUCCAGCAAAUGUGACGUGGACGAGCAGUGAUGGCAGUGUGAAGAACAAUACAGAACAACAAAUUUACGAGAAAGAUGGGGUUUUCAACAUAUCAUCACAGCUUUGGGUAUCAAUAAAUGAAAUAGGAGAGGAUUUCGUAUGCGUAGCUACUGGUGAAAGUGUCAAUGGCACGUCAACGCUGGUGGUGACUGUCAAGUAUUUGCCAGAGAUUGGUCUAUCAAGCGGAAGUACAGCUUGGAUUGCAACAAGCCUACUUUUCUUAGUCAUUAUUGCUGUGCUUACCAUCGUCUAUAUUCUUCGGAAAAGAAAGAGGCAAGAUCAAUUAGCGGACCUAGAAGAUGAGCUCCUGCCCUUAGUAGCCCCAAAACAGGGUAUGCAACAGUUGACCGAAACCGACAUACUUGACGUGACACAUGAAACAAACCUAGAUCACGGUCAACUGAGGAAUUUACUGACUGAACUUCAUAUCGAAGCAGCUGAUAUGCUUACUGAAAAGGACAGAAAUACACGUGCGAGUGAUCUAAAGCUCAAGGCAUUCCACGUCCUGUGCGUCUGGCGGAAAACCGAGGGCAUCAACGCCACCAGAGGGACAUUGCGUAAUGCGUUACACAAGUGUGGAUACAUUGAAGCACUCGGGAUCUUGGAUGAACGAUGGGGUCUGAACUCUCAAGAUAAUGAGCAAAACGUGAUUUGUUCCAAAAUCGGGUCGCAGAUCAGUCGUAAGGUGUGCGGUCGUCUUGUCUGACCAUGUUUGUAAGAUGAACAGUCCGAGGUGAAAUACCAUCAGCUGAUGUACAAUCUAGAGAGUAUCGAAAGUUUGGCAAAUGAAUCAUUCGUCAUUUGCCGAGGAUUUCUACUACUUACUUGACAAAGACUGUGUUACCGAGGAUGUUAACAGUUGUGUUCAAACCCUGGAUAGGGAUAUUGAUAAUCUCCUUGAUGUCCGUGAUCCGAUUCGUACCCUCACCGCACCUGUUUAUCACAGACCGAGAUAGUAAUGAGGAGGUGCAUGUAGCAACGUGUGAACGUCGGAGACAUGGGCGGAAAUGAGGAAAAUCCUUGAAGAGCAACACAGGCAGUGAUAAAACGGCCUUCAAAGAUGCUAAAGCUGCUGCAGUUGAAACAUUAUAUCAGGCCAAACGUCGUAUUAUCAUGACCUCUUCGUUGAAAGUGGCCCAAAGGACAUGUGCAGAGAACUUAAUGAUCUUUUGAACACAAACAAACGUUGUCUUAGGGAUGCACAUUCACCUGCUAUGCCAGCUGCAUCUUUAUGCAGAUUCUUUAAGGAGAAGAUUAGUAACGUGAGGAAUUUUUUAAUCUCAAUGUCAAUGCUCUGGAAGUUUCGAGUUUCAAAGAUAGAGAUGUUCCCUUACUCUCAGAUCUUCGAUUAGUUACAGUGAAAGAAGUCCAGAAUAUGAUAAAAUGUUCUUAAAAUAAAACAAGUCCCUUGGAUCCUCUUCAGACAUGGUUGCUGAAGCGUCACCUCCAUUUUUUUCUACCCAAGCUGACGCAUAUUAUCAACACAUCGCAGACAGGUGAAUUCCCACAAUGUAUUGGAGUUGCAUCAGUGGUGCAUGUACUUAAAAGAAGUGACUCAAUGAAAUAACAGGCCUAUCCCAAACAUCAGAUUCCUCGCUAAGCUUCUUGAAAGAUUGUCUCGGCCCAACUGUUGGAUCACAUUGAUGAUAGCAAUUUUGGAGACUCCAAGACAAUUUGCAUAUAAAAGGAAUCACACUUCUGACACAGCGUUUGUUAGUCUGCAGAACAAUAUUAUUUGCGUUCUUGAUAAUCGAAAGUGUUUCAUUUGUUUUCGUUGACAUGUCAUUUGAUUUUGACACCUUAUACCACAACAUUUUGAUGAAAAGGCUUCAAGAUGACCAUGGGGUUACUUGUAGAGCACUGAGCUGGCUAAAGUUCUAUCUCAUGGGACAAGUAUAGAAUUUGAACAUCGAUGGGGAGAAGUCAACUAACACUAUAGAGGAGUAUGGUGUUCCACGGGGAUCAGUAAUGGGUCCACUGCUGUUUACGAUGUACUCAAAGCAAGUAUCUGACAUUCUCCACAGAUGUGGAGUAGACUAUCAUGUACGUGUAUAUGCUGAUGACAUCCAACUUUUCCCGAAGAUUGAUCCAUCAAUAAUGGACUAUAUUGACUGCAAAAUGCACAUUUAUACAGGUCGUGCAAGAAUUUCAAACAUGGAUUGUUAUGUUUUGGGGUUCAUCCAGCCUAAUAAUGACAAAUUAAAGUCUCCAGUUUUGCUU